CAAGCAAAGAGACCUUCACAGGGACCUCCCUGACUUCCAGAACCAUGACGCCUCUGAAGAUGCUGCUCCUGACUGUCCUGCUUCUGGAAGUUUCUCUGCAGCAUGUCCAGGCAGCUCGAGCCCCCAACGCAGGCCGGGAGUGUUGCAUGGAGUUCUUCAAGGGCGCCAUUCCCGUCAAAAGGCUGGCGGCAUGGUAUAGGACCUCAACCGAGUGUCCCAAGGAUGCCAUCGUGUUUGUGACCACCCAGGGCAAGUUCAUCUGCUCGGACCCCAAGAACAGGCACACGAAGAAGGCUGUGAGAUAUUUGGAAAACCUCAAGAGAUCUCAGGCCUCUAAAUCAUCGUGAUUUUCCCCCUGGGCCUCAUGGAGAUGCCCAGCCCUGUGCUCUGGGUCCAGAGACCUCCACGGGCCUCCACGGGCCCCUUGGCACAAAGGAGCCCCGAAUAAAGCCUUUCCCCCUCAAUCUGAGUCAGCCUGUUCUGUCCCAUGGUGCAGGCCACCCUUCCACUCUGGCCUGUCCCAGGUCAGAAA